GCUUUCAGACUGGACUUCCUCAGCCAGGACAUGCUCUCCGACGGCUGGGACUUCUGCAACUUCCUAGAGGCCUCCAACCGGAAAGCACACAGAGAGGAGACGGACGAGGGCCAGGGGAGGCCAUCAUCAUCCACCACCAGCGUCUACUCGCAGAUGAACGGGGGCCUCCCCGUCCCCAACGGGCCCCUAAUCAUCACCCCGGACUCCUCCAGUGAAGAAGCAUCCAGCUCCACGCACAGCCAGAAAACCUCCCGCACAUCCGGCACCAGAGAGCGCGUCCGCUUCAGCGACAAGAUCCUCUACCACGCCUUGUGCUGCGACGACGACGAAGACGAGGAGGAGGACGAUAAAGGGGACUGCGGGACCCCGGACACAGACAGCGAGCCCAGUCCCCUGGCCUGUUCGCCGGUACCGUCCUCCUCUGAACACCCGCCGGGCCUCUACAACUGCAGGGAGACGGCGUCUGCGGACCCCUCGCCCGUGAAGGCACCGGUGGUGGGCUCGCACACGCUACCCAGGAAAGGUCUUCUCAACCCGGGCUGCCGGAAAAAACUGCUACGGAACAGCAGCACACAGACGGUUUCGGAUAAGAGCACUCAGACUGUACUGCCCUACGUCCCCGCCAAACAGAAAAACAAGGACCUCUGAGAG